AAUAAACAAACACACACAAACAAACAAACAAACAAAUCAAACAAAAUGACUGGGUUUACCAACUCUGGAUUUGAAAACGAUGAACCUGUGAAGCCAAAACCAGGUUUCGAACCGGACACAGCAUCGCUGAGAGAGAAAGUUAUAUUGAAUCCUGCUGAAAAAUGGCGUAUAUUGAAAAAUAUUGGCAUUAUAUCGUUAGCCUUUAUGGUGCAAUUUACAGCGUUUCAGGGUACAGCUAACUUACAGUCAUCGAUAAAUGCCACCGAUGGUCUCGGUACCAUAUCAUUGAGUUCUAUAUAUGCCGCCUUGGUGGUAUCCUGCAUCUUCCUGCCCACAUUAAUUAUUCGUAAGCUAACUGUAAAAUGGACCUUGGUCUUCAGUAUGUUGUGCUAUGCCCCCUACAUUGCCUUCCAGUUGUUCCCAAGAUUUUACACAUUGGUUCCUGCUGGUAUUCUAGUCGGUUUGGGUGCCGCACCUAUGUGGGCAUCCAAGGCCACCUAUCUAACACAAGUCGGUCAGGUUUAUGCGAAAAUAACGGAACAGGCGAUUGAUGCUAUUAUUGUACGAUUCUUUGGCUUCUUCUUUUUGGCCUGGCAAACAGCUGAAUUGUGGGGCAAUUUAAUUUCGAGUCUUGUGCUCUCUAGCGGCGCUCACGGUAGCGGUGGUAGCAGCGAUAACAGCUCCAUCAUUUCGGAAGAAGACCUACAAUACUGCGGCGCCAAUUUUUGCGUUCAUGGCAGCAAUGGACAUUCCAAUUUGGAACGUCCACCAGACCAUGAAAUUUUCGAAAUCAGCAUGAUCUAUUUGUCAUGUAUUAUUGCCGCCGUUGCUAUUAUAGCCUUCUUCUUGGAUCCGCUAAAACGUUAUGGUGAAAAACGUAAGGGCUCCCAAUCGGCUCAGGAAUUGUCCGGCAUGGAGUUGUUGUCGGCGACAUUCCGUCAAAUGAAGAAACCCAAUCAACAGCUGUUGAUUCCCAUUACCGUUUUCAUUGGCAUGGAACAGGCUUUCAUCGGUGCCGAUUUUACACAGGCUUAUGUCUCCUGCGCUCUGGGUAUCCAUCAAAUUGGUUUCGUUAUGAUUUGCUUUGGUGUCGUCAAUGCCAUCUGUUCGAUUUUGUUCGGUUCGGUGAUGAAAUAUAUUGGCCGUACUCCGAUUAUUGUUUUGGGUGCUAUCGUUCAUUUCACUUUGAUUACAAUUGAAUUGUUCUGGCGUCCCAGUCCGGAUAAUCCUUUGAUCUUCUAUGCCAUGUCUGGCUUGUGGGGUGUUGGUGAUGCCGUGUGGCAGACACAAAUUAAUGGCCUCUAUGGUCUGUUGUUCCGUCGCAACAAGGAAGCUGCCUUCUCCAAUUAUCGUUUGUGGGAAUCGGCUGGUUUUGUCAUUGCCUAUGCCUAUGCCACAACAUUGUGUGCCCGCAUGAAGUUGUACAUUUUGUUGGCUGUUUUGACUUUGGGUUGCAUCGGUUAUGUGAUCGUUGAAAUCUUGUACAGAAGAAAGCAACGCAAGAUCAAGAAGCAAGAAAAGGCUGAGGCUGCCGAAAAGGAGAAGGAGGCAGCUGCCGCCAAGGCUGCGGCCGAAUCGAAUGUUAAUGGCACACCGGAAGUGGAGGAAACCGACGAUGAAUUGGAUGAUCUCGAAGAAGAUAUUGUAGUAACACAUUUCUAAGUU